GGCCAUCCGGGUUCUCACUCUCAUCGAUUCUCUUGGGCCGUUCGCAGCAUCCCACUAGGGCCGCCCAGGCCUUCGCAUUAUCAUACUAAUGCCGUCGAUGAGCACCUCAAUCAUAAAUUUAACUCAGAAACAUUCGCGCGCGAAAGGAUAAAAAAAAAAGAGAGAAGCAAUCGCCGUUAUCAAACCGAGCGAUUGCUGUUGUGAUUCCAUAUAUGAAAUCAUGGACCACUCAGCGCCUUUCGCUCAUCAUCACCAGCAGCAAAACCAGCCAACUUCUUUCGAAUCCGAAAAAGUCGACUAUGGAUUUGACAGUUUGCUCGGUCACGAUACCUGCCUGACACACGGUCUCGAUUCUCUCGGUACCUGCAACAACACUGAGAACGCUUGUCUCGAUCAACGCUGUUUUGACCACUAUGGUAAAACUGCUGCCACCAAGAACGCUCUUGACAUCGGCCUCGAUCUUAAGCACGGUACUGAUACGGUCUCCCAGCGUCAUGACCAGGCCAACAACGCCCGUUCCACGAGGGCAAAAAGCCGUACCCAAUCAAACAUAUCCAGUUCUCCUGCAAGAACAUUGUCCACUGCGGCAAUGAGAGUCUCAGCGCACCGACAAAAGCGAAGGAGGCAGUCUGAGCAGACGCAUCAAUAUCAUCACCAACUGGACUAUCAGCAGUCGUCGCAUGUGCACCGAAUGCACUCUCCUCAUAGCAUUCAACAAGAUCAGAAUCUCCAGCAUAUCGACCCCACAGCCGUUCUUCAGACCGUCAACGAGAAUUUGCAGCACAACUUCAACAUGCCACUGUUAGACAGCCAACAUACAUCGUUUGGCGAAUUCCAACACCAGAACCAUGCGUUUUCAAUGCCCAGUCUCUAUGAUCGUUGGCCACAAGCCGUUGCUCCCUCCUGGGCCAACAUGAUGGGCCAGGCCAACGUCGCUAAUUGCAUGCCAAUGUCGUGGACACAACAUAUGGGAUGCAACAACGCCGCCUCUGUUGACUGCACUUCUGCAUGCGGCGAUGCCAAAUGCUGGAGUCAAUGUGGCGAUGGAGAUCAUGCGGACUGCUGCUUCGAUGCUUCUUGUGAUGAGUUUGACUUCUCCCAUGCUGCCUGUUGUUUCGAACCCACUUGUGCUGCUCUUGAGCCAUGCCUUGAUGCCUCUUGCCAGGAGGCAGCAAUCCCCUGCAACGAUUCGCAUUGCGUGAGCACCACCGUUUCCACUACUCCGGCAUCUGUGUCUGUUACAACGCCCUCGGCAGAACCUGAACCCGUGGUCAAUACCCUAAUGAGCCCAGUCGAACCAGGCCAGGGUGUUCCUCUGGAUAUUGACUCCGCGAUGGGUCAUGACUUUGGCGAUUUCUCUCAUGAAAUCGGACCUAGUUUUACUGAGGAUCUCAACCAACACGUCGGGAAUCUUGCAAGUCGUCCCAGUGGCCCAGGGCUGAGCCAUAAUGGCGCCUUUUCUAUGCCUUCACAAUCCCCCACACCGAAAACCGAGUUGGCUGAGAAGCAAGCCAUAAAAGGAGAAGCCGAUUUCACCUGCCAAUGGCUUUGUGAAGGAGAUGGCGUCCUCUGUUCCAAAAGGUUUGGAAGUAAUAAAGAACUCCAGGACCACUGUAAGAAUGAACAUGUCAAGACUCUGCAGAAGGGCGAAAAUGGGUUCUGUUGCACAUGGUACGCUUGUAUAAGACCCGGUCCAUUCUCACAAAAGAGCAAAUUGGAACGGCAUAUGCAGACGCAUACCGGAUACAAACCAGUUAAAUGCGAGAUUUGCGGCAUAAUGCUUUCAGCAAAGCAAUCCCUGGAGCAGCACAUGCGUACCCACUCAGGAGAGAAACCAUGGAAGUGCGAACAUCCGGGGUGUGAAGCGCGUUUCAAGCAACAGAGUGCUCUUACCAUGCACAUGCGCACGCAUACAGGAGAAAAGCCUUUGCAGUGCGAAAUCUGUGGGAAGCGGUUUGGUGAAUCUUCCAAUCUAUCCAAGCACCGUCGCACGCACAAUGUUCGUGGUAACCACGUUUGUGAGCACUGCGGCAAAGACUUUCAUCGGCUGGAUCAACUUCGUCGGCAUCUGCAAACUCAUCUGCAAGAUGGCGGCCGCAAGAGUAGCAAAAGCUCAUGAGAUGAAGCUCUGAAACUUCCCACAGUUGGGGAUAUCUCAUUUUGAAAGCAAAAAAAAAGGAAAGUGCUGUCGUUUUGGGAUUUUGAGGUUGGUACUGGCGUUGAAGGUUUUCCUAAUUAAGCCGUCUUGAAAUUUGUGAUGAAAACUGGCGUUCCUGGACCAUGCUGCUCCGGACGAGCCACAUGAUAUUUACGAAGUGAGCGGAAGACUCAGAUAAAGGUAGAUAGAUACCCGAUUCCAUAAUGGACACGAAAAAGAUCAAGCUCUCGAGUUGAUUG